AUGCAUACAUCAACGCCUUACACUCAUCAAGUAACACAAGACUAUACCAUUCCCAACGGAUUAAACAUUUCAUCAAGUUUUCAUGAGGAUUUACAUUUAAGCACAUCUCAAACUAACUUGAAGAAGCGUAAUAAACCAUUGAUGGAGAAGCGUAGACGUCAAAGAAUUAAUCAUGCACUUGAAGAAUUACGAAAGUUGAUUAUUGAACCUCGAAUGAAGCAUUCUAACAAAUUAGAGAAGGCCGAUAUUCUAGAUAUAACUGUGAAAUUUAUCAAAGAAUUAUCAGUUGGUCAUCUCUCUGGAAACUGUCACAGGUCAUCAAUAGAAAUUCAAGAAGCUGAAAAAACACGCAUGUUUCUCUACGGUUAUCUAUCGUGUGAAACAGCCUUUAAAAACUCUAUUCAAAGAUAUUUAUCCAGCCAGCAGUUGACCAGUGAAUGCGUCUCAUCCUCAUUAUCAACAUCUAUUUGUAAUAAAACAGAAAAAGACUAUCUUUCUAUCCUUUCUGAAGAAAUGACUCUGCAUAGACAAUCUACAAUGUCACGUCUAUUCAACAAAGAUCUACCUUCACCUAGUGGAGUUUCAUCUAAUUGCACUGCCACAAAACAGAAUUCAUUAAGUGAUACAUCGAACUCAACUACUUCAUUACCAGAUUAUAGUCCUCGACAGAAUUCUCCACUUCACUGUACAGAACACCAUAGUCCAGUGAAUUCAUCCGUACAGUUGAACAGCGUAAAUGAAGAAGUUUUUGAUUCUGAUUCGUCAAUAUCACAAUCUCACGGUUCAUUCUUAGGAACUAACGAAGGAAAUCUGUCUUAG